AUGGGCGAUCGACCGCCAGGUUUUGAUGCCCCCAAGGCCGAAGGGGGCUGCUUUAACUGCGGCAGCCAGCUUCAUUUCGCCUACGCAUGUCCCGAACCGACACGCAAAGAGCCACACGGCGCAGAGGUCUUUCGCCAGAGACAGGCAGCCAAGAGCAUGCACAGUCACGGCGGACAGGGCUCCCCGAACAACCGGUCUAAGGGAUUGGUGAUAACUCGAUAUGGCCCACCUCCAUCUCAAUAUCCUCCUCCUGCUCCGCAAAACCCUUGGGGUCCUCCUGGCGGCCCUUAUCCUCCCCCAGCCCAGCCUCCCAGCUCAUACGCGCCACAGCCGCCUGCACCUUACCCUCCAGCAACCCAAGCCUUACCGCCAUACCCACCUCCCUACCAAAAUGUGAAUCCUCCACCAGGCGUCUACGGACCACCAGUUCCUCCUCCUCCUCCACCGGCUUCUGGCCCAAGCUAUGGGCAAUACGGGCAGCCACCAUACCCACCACCUGUCCCUCCACAAUCCUAUGCCCCUCCGGCACCGUACGGACCGCCCUCUUACCCCCCUCCGUAUCAACCACCAAAUUCAGGUUAUCCCGGUGCGCCUCCACCUACUUUCCCGGGCCCGCCUCCUUCCGCACCGCCUCCCACAAGCUAUCCGCCAGCCUAUGGCAGUUCGGGCCCCCCAGGUCUUCCUCCCGGUCUCCCGCCAGGUCUCCCGCCAGGUGUUCCCCCAAGUCUGCCUCCGCCUCCUUCAACUUCGUACCCGCCAGCCCCGUACUCAUCAGGCUACGAGCCUCAAGGCGCAUACCCGGCCCCGUACCCCCCACCACAAAAUCAAGGUUGGCACCAGAGCUCUACUAGCCAGAAUCAAUCGCGCCAUAGAGACCACCGCGAUCGGCGUAAUGACCGCGAUAAAGGUGGCAGAAACAAGCAAUCUGGCCGGGGCAAUGACAGACACCAGCGUGGCCGGGACCGUCGACAUCAAGGGCCGGGUACGCGGUCUUCAUCCAACUCUCGCCAGCGAACUCCGAGAUUAGAGAGCGAAGCGAAGGAAACCAGGGAAGACAGCGUCAAGACGACGCCACGGACAGAGGAUGUGAGGGCCGACGACAAAGUCUCCGAGUCUGAUGAGGAGUUCUCAUGGGAUCUGGAGAAAGCUUUCAUUCAGUUGGACACAAAGCCAGCCGACCCUGUGGGAAAGCCACUUACAGCAGACUGGAGCGACGAACCAACGAUACCUCCAGCAUAUAAUGCGAAGUGCGUCAAGUCCGCAUUCUGUGAUCCCGAGAAUCUAGACACGUUUAAAUUGUCAGUCCGGGAAUCGAAGCAGUGGCCCAGCGUCAAACGAGAUCCUAUCUUUCGAUAUCGACGUGGUAUGGUCGUCAUCCGCUUUCCGGAGGCAGACCAUGAAUAUUUCACGUAUCAUUGUUCUCGCAAGCUUGAGACGGACUCGUUGGCUGACAGGGAAGUUGUUUCACGAGAACCCAGCGAUCCAAGUCUCAAUGAUGCCAUUCCACCUCGCAUCCACCAUCCUAUUGGAAGUCCCGCAAAGGAUCAGCAAGCUGUGUCAAAGCUGAACAAUGGCAAACGAAGCCACGGCAAUACUGACGAAGAUACAAGAGAGCUAAAGCGAGUCAAGGCGCAACCCGAGAGAGUGCCGCACAGUCUACCACCGCGGCCAAUGACGCGGCCAAGGUCACCGGCGAUGGGCUCGAACAUAAACGUCAGUCUCGACCCAUGGUCUCCACAACCAGAGGAGGCCGGCCGACCUGAUUCCCGAGGCCGUUACUCUCGCUCGCCUGGUAGCAAUCGCCUACAGAAGGAGGACUCCAACGGCAAAGGCCAUUUCACCCCCCGGGACUCGACGCAGCGUUACGACUCGGGCUACCAAAGCGGAUACUCUGCCGACAGGAGCAGACCAUAUCGCGAGAGGAGCAACAGCAGGCGCCUGUCGCCGCCGCCCUCGCGCCGAGGCCGGGACGAGCGCGAACACAGCCGUGACAGAAGCCGCGACGGCCAGCAGCCGCAACGCAGGUGGUCCCCAUCAUAUGCUAAGGCGCGAGGUCGGACGCGUUCGCCCACACCGGUCGCUGUCGCCAGCGACACCGAGUCCGCGGACCUGUCGGACCUGGAGUACGAGCUCCUGGGCAUGGAGCGGCCCGAGAAGAAGAAGAAGGCGGCGCCGAGCAAGGCUGUUGCGAAGAGGCGGCAGGUCAAACUGAACGACGCCUUUGGACGCCGUUGGUAA